AUGGAUCUUCAAUCUCCAUCGGUCCUGGCACAAUUGCCUCACCCUCUACAUGCCUCUACCGGAAAGACGCGCAUUGGCGAUGUCUACAGCCUCGCUGAUGCGAAAAAGCGCAAACGUUAUGAAGUCGCCGUGGCUGUUGACGGUGAAGCAGUCAACAUCUAUAAUGUGCAAACGCCCAAGCUUGUGACCUCAUACGCUGUUCCACCUCAGUCUACUUUUUCUUGUCGGCCUUGUUCCGUGCGCCGCAAGCUCUCGAAGAAUUCAAUAGUGAAGAGACAGACAUAUGCUGCAGUGACAAAGCCAGAGCAUCAGAUUAAAUGCUUUGUGGAGGAGAUUGGUAAUGGCACAAGCUCGGCAUCGAUUUCUUCUUCUGCCGCCACCAUCACAGACUCGCGCAGCCCUACUAUAUUUGUCGGAAUUGUCCCCUUUGGUGCGGACAAUGAUAUUGAAGCCGAUCUGUUCGACAUCCUUUCUGUUCACGAAGAUGGUCGCGUCCGCAGAUUUUCGUCUGACUUGAAGACCCAGCGAUGGAGUAUUCAGCACAGUGAAAUUUCCAAAGUCUCUUCCACUCACGAAGUCAACUCUUGUUUCUUGAUCGACCUCGACGAUGCGAAAAAGGCCCUGUUCAAACGACGACAGGACUUGGCAGCACUUGCUCUCGGCGAUCGGAUGGGAUCCGAACUGAACGAACCAUCUAUCUUAAUAGUUGUGUCACACCCCAAGGCUGCUGAUGCAUUUGCAUUGAAUGAUGUGAUUGUUCAGAUCUUCUCGGUUCCUGCGAGCCCACAGUCUCGAUCCAACGAAGAAAGCCAACGUCUCCGGCAUCUUCAGACAAUUAAUGUCCCUGCCCCUAGUGGACUUGACCGGGUCAAUAGCGAUGGCCUUCAGUGGAGUUUCCAUUCGGGCUCGGCAGGCCUGCAGCUUUCCUUUGAGAAGGGAUUUGUGAGCGUCGAUAUCUCACAAUACUCCCCGAGCGUGACCUCGCAAUUCAUUCUCGAUGAUCAUUUCUCUUCUGUCAUGCGUAUUUCGCCACAAUGCGUUAUUGGAGCAAGUGACUCUUUAGUUGCAGUAUAUGAUACGCAGUACCAAUCUGCCCAGCGCAGUAUCCCCGCCAAAGAUGUCCUCUCUGGGUCUGCAUCGACCUCAGAUGGUCCCACAAUCUUCAUCAGCUAUUUCGCGAAGCUUGGAAUCGCGGUGGCCACCAAGAAGAAUACUCUGAUUGCUUUCGAUCUGACCUCUCUCAAUAUUAAUACCAGUUCAAGUCUCAAGAGGUCACGGGAUGGUCUUCUUAUUGAUGCUAUUGGUCGAGGUAUUGGCUCAUCUGCUGCGCAGUGGGAUAUGGCUUCCAAGAAGCACCGCUCUAAGAACAUGACUUCUCUGCACCUUACUUCACCUGAUCAGAUAGAGAAGUGGAACCAGUUGACCAAGGCCGUGGACGAAGCGACCAAGGCUCAGGAUUCCGAUAAAUUUGACCAGGCGGUGCUCAAUUACUUCUCUUCACCACUACCCAAGAAAGGCACCUAUAUCAAUCCAGAAUCUACUCUUUUCCUGCUCUCGAAGAUUUUUGCAGUCAAGGAAUCGGCUGUCAAUGAUGAUGUUUUGUCGCCUUCAUCGUCUCAGUUGCGUGUUGCUAUAUGGCCUCAGGCCACUUGCCACUGGCUAAUUUUACUUGGCCACAUGUCCGUCGACAAUGUUGAAAUUGCUUUACGACGAUCCUACAAACCCCGUAUUCUCCCGUCGCUACCCACAGGAUCUUUUGUGCAGGCUGUCAUUGAAUUUGAUUCAACCUUGAAACACAUCAACGCAGUCCUUUCGGGUCCGUCUGUCUUCACCUCCGAUGAGCUGGCCUAUGGCCUGAAGUAUUUCCUGAAUCUGGCCCGCAUGCAUUCCGGUCCUUUGGAAGAAGCCGCUCGAGCUCUCACCAAUGGCGAUGUGGACACUCCCACUCAGGCAUUAAUCCAGCCGAACGGGGAUAUGGCUAGUGUUAAACAAACUUUCCGAGGCUUGAACAUCUCUCUACAGAAGAUUCACUCGCAGUCCCUCCCCUCUAUCGUGCAAUCUCUCCGCUCGAAUCUGUCACGGGUGGAUCUUAUUUCCAUGAUUCACCAUCUUCGUCUUUCUCUUGCCACCGGUGGCUAUACCUCCCGUUUCACUGAAAACCCACCUACACCCAUCACCCGCGACCAGAUCACCCCUACGCUGUCACUUAAAACUAUCAUUGAUCUCAUUACUGCUUCAGUCGAUGCUGUCGGCCCGUCUGGAUGGAUCUCCGCUCUUCCCACUAUCAACGAUAUCGAUGAUGAUUCAGCCUCUGCUAUUGCCGCAGCCAGCCGUGAAAUGGAACUCAUCUCUGACAUGAGAUCCGAGAUCUCAGCUGCCCUUGCGGGUGUGGAGGAAGCCACUUAUCUGUCCGGUAUCCUCCGCGAGUAUCUCUGCUUCGCCGAAAAGGUCACAGCUCCACGCAAUCUCAAGCACGUUGAGAAGGCUACAUCAUCACUUAUUCGUCACGAAAGGCUCAAUGGCGCCACUCUCAUGGUCUAUUCUACCCCUGAGGCAGGAGAGGAUGGCUUCGAAGGCGAGACUGGUGGUAAGAUGCUGCCACUCUCGAUGAAGCCUCCCUCCAAGAAAGUCUCGCGCACCAAAGUCAAGAAAUCGACUGGUGAGAAGAAAGAUCGCAGCGGUCGUGAGAUUGGACUUCUGCGUCGUAAGGCCGUUGGCAAGUACUCAUUUGAGCGGCUGGUGCUUUAA